AUGAACGGAACGUUUUUCAACCACACGGUGUUUACGCACGGCGUUCUGCUCAACCGCAGUCAAGAGCUCGCGGGGACACUAGUUGAUUGCUGCACGGGUAACGGGAGCGAGGUGACCGCAAACGACGGUGGCGGGUCUUUAGUUCUCGCUCAUGACGAGCGCAAGCUGUUCGUUACGCGCAUGGUGCAGAUCGCGGUGUUGUGCGUUCUUUCACUCACAGUGAUGUUCGGGAUCUUCUUUCUCGGCUGCAACCUCAUGAUUAAGUCCGAAAGUAUGAUUAACUUUCUGGUCAAGGACCGGAGACCAUCCAAAGAUGUCGAGGCGGUGAUGAUCGGACUGAGUUAG